AUGGCAGAGGGAAUCCAUACCUUGGGAAGAAAGGGCUCAAGUGUCUCCUUUCCUGAAGAUAGGUCGGUCUCGCGGAAGCACGCGGAGAUAAGGGUGGGGCCCGUUCCGGGGAACGAUCCGACCGAGCAGCCCAUCUGGGUCAAGGACGUGGGUUCGAAGCUGAAGACCUGCGUCAACGGGAGCGAGACCGGCGAGACCCACAAGGAAAUCUCCCUCAAGGAAGGGGACGAGGUCAAGGUCGGCACCACAAACAGCAUCAUGAGGGUCCGAUUCCAGGCGCUCCGCUUCUGCGCUACCCAGCUCACCGCCGAGGAGAAGGCGGAGCUCAAGGCCCUGUCCAAGAAGUGCGGCGGCGCGGUGUCCCGGAAGUGGGACGCGGCCAAGUGCACCCACCUCGUCACCCUCGCCAACACCAGCAGCGUCACCGAGAAGCUCGUGCUCGCCCUCCUGGGCCUCCGGCCCGUGGUCCACGUCGGCUGGCUCAAGGACCUCGCCGCGGGGGGGACGGCAAAGCCGCUGAGGCCGGUGCCGGAGACGGAGGCGUUCGGGCCGGUGGUGACGAGGUCGAGGCGGCAAGGGCCGUUCCGGGUUCGGCACACCGCCGAUCGAAGAACCCAUCUGUCGGGUGACUUUUUCGCGAUUCUGCACAAGGACGAGCUCGUGGAAACGAUUGUGGAGGCCGCCGGGGGAGCACUCUGCAGGGCGUACGCGAUGAGCGAUGACGACUUCGCCGGGCAGGACUGGCAGGAGUGGUCCGCGGGGCGCCAGUCGCACUUCGUCCAGGCGGGGCCGGAAGUUUCCCUUUCGGCGAAGGCUAAGGGCGUGCUUGCCUCGAGAGGCGAGGUGCUAGAGGACGUCGGGAUGGAGGCUACUGACAAGACGCAGCUGACGGAGGCUGUCGUGUACCUCCAGUCUUUGGUCAACGUCAGAGAGGCGAUGCGGGCAAGCAGCAGCUCUAUCGCGCCGAUGGCCGUGAACACCUCCAGCGAGGCGUGGGGGCCGUCGCAGAGCCUGGCCGCUUCCCAGGACGAGGCGAGGGGGGCCGAACGACGGGGAGGAGGCAUAGCGGGAGCGGGUGGGAAUGCCGCUGGCAAGGCAGCCUCGUCGGCCACCGCCGCCGCUGUGGCUGAUGACGAUCAAAUCGGGGACGGUGCCGAUGACGCCGAAGGGGUGCCGGUGGCAGGGCCAACACCGGGGGGUGAUGAUGAUGAUGAUGGUGAUGGUGGUGGUGGUGGGCGCGGGAGCGGCGGCGGCGACAGCGGCGGCGGCAGCGGCGGGGGACGAACGGCCAAGCGGAAGAGAGGCGCGCAACCGCCGAGGCGUGGCCGGGGCGAAGAGGACGACGCAAGAGGGGCCGGUGCCGGCGGUGCAAGCGUAGAGGACCACGAUAAGCAGCAAGACGAAGAGGAGGAAGAGGAGGCAUCGUUGGAGAGGAGGGGGAGGGGAUCACAGCAGCGCAGCAGUGUCCCCGCCCCGGCCCCCGGCGGCUGGAUGACCGCACACAACGCCUCCUCUUCCCAGAAGGACAAGCGCCCCAGAGGGGGAAGGGUGCGCGUGGCCGGCGGUGUUGGUGGAGAUACGGAGGGGGAGGUGGAGGAGGAUGAGAACGGCGAGGAGAGGGCACGGCUGGCGACGCCAGCGGACCCGGCCAUUACCGAGAUGUGCAGGCUCGUGGCCAAAGCGGUUUCGCGUUCGGCGCCGAUGGGCUACUCUCGCUCAUCAUCGGCGCGUCCCGUUGGCGGCAGGAGGGGGCCAGCGGUGCCGAACUUUAAGCGUUUCAAGAAGAACACCAUCAUGUUCGGCGGGGAGCAGGUGGCCGCCUACGUCCCGCUGGCUGCGUUGAGGUCUACCCUGCCCAAGGAGUCCGAGCGUGAGCUGGCGCUGGCCGAGGAGCAGCAGCAGCUGGAGGCGGAGGAGGCGGACGCUGACCGAUUGUUCACGCAGAAUGACAACGCGCGCGGCGCCGCUAGGGCACGGGCACCUCGCGGCCGGACCAAGAGGAGAUGAAAGCUCGAGACCUCAGCCUUAACUUUUCUGAGUCAAGACAAAAGACGCCGCCGUGUGUCCGUUGCUUGCGGGCAGAGUGUGCGCAUGUCGGGGAAUCAUCCGGAGGGUAUUCCUUGUUCACAACGGUGUGGAUUUUAGAAGAGUUGAUCGAUUUUUCGUCGCUUGCGCAUUUCGCGGUAUCACUGAGAGCUGGCCGCUCCCUGACUGGGGAGCAGAAAGAAGUGGCCAGCCCGUCGGCGUACUCUGUGUCGCCGUACCGUUGGCGAUACAUACGUAUGCGGACGGGAUCUUCGGGUUGGGUGGGGAGAAACUGCUGUUGAUAUAGCAUCAGCCAUACAGCUGUUGCUGUCGCUGCCGCCGCCGCUGGCAUCACGCCAUUACCCCUUCCUAACCCAAGAGUUCCUUCCUUCCCACAAGGACGGGGUGCGCAAAUUUUGCGCCGCUUCUCGGGAGCGGUGUUUCCUACCUCUUUCGCCAUCGUGCUGUGGUGGGGUCAGCCGGAUUGAAGAGAAUGAGAAUGAGGUGGCUAUUGACUCUUACAGGCCAUAUUUCUUUGCUGUUGAGCGCCAAGGCCCCGAGAGGAGUACCUCCCUUUAGUAGCACUACGGGGAAAAAGUAUUGUUUCCCCGUCCUGUGUUACGUUGUCUGGGUUCGCCUCUUUGCUUGCGCACCUCGGUGCAGGGCUCUUCGUUUUUCGGAGUUGGAUGCAGUCUACAACAGGUAGAGACCAUGCCUUGCAGACGACGUGCAGCGGUGAGUGAAGGGAAGGAGAGUCUUUCCGUCUGCCGGCAGGGGGGGGGUGGGGGGGAGCGAGGGGCGGGCGUUUUUGCAUCAGUCGUUUUGGUGAUGGUGACACACAUGCAGGCGGUGGGUUGGUUUUUGCCAUGAAUGAUUGCUAUCGCUGACAUGGGAGGGGGGUUUUAGCCAAAAGGGGAUUUCGUCUGCAUGCGGGGGCCUACAGGUAUGUAUUUGGAAGAGCAAGAUUCGUGCGGACACAUCCAAAGUGGGUGCAGGAAGAACUUGUCCUCAGAAGCGUUCCGACAGCCAUGGGAAGUAGGGGAACCACCCGAGAUGACGAGACGACUCCCUGAAGCCUUGUUUGGUACGUGGAGUCCUUCGAACCGAGAGAGGGGAGCGGGGGAGAGCCAGCCGAAAAAUGGAUGUACUCUUUGCAUGGAACACAUCUAUCUUUGGCGGGUUGGCCAUUGAUAAGCGGGGUCGUGUAAUUAGAUGGCAUUGCUCGGGCGGCCCGAGCUCAAUCUCAAGCUCCUUAUUUUUUUCCAGAUAGAGAGCGGGCUGGGGAAAGGAGGAGCUUGGCAAGCGCACAAGCACGUACAUUCAUAUACGUCGGGUA